CUUAUAUAAUAAGACCAGUAAUAUAGAUGGGAACGCCAUUAAAAUUCGUGGACACUGAAAGAGUGUUUUCACACCUGGUCGUGUUUCUGUUUUUUAUUACCUCGUAGAACACCUAACAAAAACAGAGAGAAAAAAAAAACAUGUCACUGCAGCCAGACUACGAAUCCUACCCUCCGGCGUUUCGUCCGUCGUCUGUCCACCCAAACCACGGCGGCGUUGAGAAAGAGUCGGCGGAAAUGGAGGCGGCGGAAGGGGACGGCGUUCCCGUCAUAGAUUUUGAGUGCAUGAAGAAGGACGAGGAAAAGGUAAAAGAGGCAUGCAGAGAAUGGGGGUUUUUCAGGUUGGUUAACCACGGAAUCCCAGAAAGUUUGAUGAGUCAAAUGUUGGAACGUGCGAGGGAGUUGUUUUCCAUGGCCUACAAGGCCAAGCAGGCAGCGUUCAACAGCGCCGCCCCGGCGGCGGGGCCGUCCAUAUCCUACUUCUGGGGCACGCCGGCGGUGACGCCGUCCGGGGCGGCGCUGGCCUCCAGCAACCUCCAUUGGAUGGAAGGGCUGAAUGUUCCGCUAAACAAAAUGUCGCAGCUUCAUUACGAAGAUCCGACGCUCGAAUCUUUCAGAUCCUUGCUAGAAGAAUAUGGAAAGCAUCAAGCUAGGGUGGGGAAGGCAAUACACGAAGCAUUGUGGAGGAAAUUAGAAUUGGGAACAUUAAAGUUGUCAAAAUAUGAGGAAUCGGCAAAGUAUUUGUCAGAAGAUACUGGAAUGUUGCGUGUAUACCGAUACCCUCGAUGUUUGGAUGCUAAUCGGACAUGGGGUAUAGAUGUACACACUGAUAGUUCACUCCUCUCAAUCUUGCACCAAGAUCUUGUUGGAGGGCUUCAAGUCUACAAGGAUCAUCAAUGGAUCCAAGUCAACCCUGUCCCGAACACCCUCAUUGUCAACAUUGGAGAUAUGAUCCAGGCCAUUAGCGAUGACACGUAUGUUAGUGUAAAGCACAGGGUGAAAGUAAACGAAGAAAAGGAGAGAAUAUCUGUGGGGUAUUUCGUUUUCCCAGGAGAUGAUGUUGUGAUUGAGAGUUCCAAGUACAAGCCCUUCACUUAUGCCCAAUUUCGAGCUCAAGUGCAACAUGAAUUGAAGAGUGUUGGCUUUAAGAUUGGUCUGCACAGUUUCAAGCGUCCUUAGUUGUCAACUCUUCUAAUACCAAUAUAAUACUCAUAUUCAUCUCUGAAUAGUAGUGUGAAUUUUCCUCAAAUGUCAUAUCAAAGAUUUUGCAUUUUCUGUUUUCUAUUAUUCUCAAAAGCUUAUAUUUGAGACUUCAGUGUGUUUUGGUCGUUUUACUUUUCUUUCCUUUUUUUUUUUUUAAUGGUUGAAAAUGUAUGUUUUGUUUUAAGUUAAAAAUGUUUGCAGAA